AGGAUCGCAAAUUCUUUCCGUUUCAAGUGAGUUCAUUGUGAUAUCGUUAAACACUAUAAAUAGACAAGUGUCUGGUGCGGUAAAUCUAAUUUUAAAAAUAUAAUAUGUAUAAGGAAAAAAGUCAAAAUCUAAAUUAUGAAAUUUAAAAAGUUUUUAUUUCAAUAAUCAAUGCCAGGUUUGGUUUGUUUUGGUUUUGUUUUCUUAUAUUAUUUAAUUUAAUUCUAACAUGUAAAGGCGAAGGGGGCACCUUAGAAGAUGCAAUUACAAAGAUAAAGGAGCACACAUGCCUACCGUGUAAAACAAAGUUAGAUGCUAUGGGGAAAGAAACUGCUGUAGACGGGAUUUGCGAGUAAGUAGUCAUGGUUACUUUUGUUAUAACAGGAUUGUAAUCCAUUUAAUAAUUUAUUAAAAAAGCGAUGUAUUUUGUUUUUAAAAUGACGUAAUAUUUCAAUUUUCAACAAAAAAAAAAUAAAUUAAAGAAUAAAGCGUUUUCAUUCAAAUAGUGUUAAAAAUUAAUUGAAAUAUCUAGACCCACAUUCACUGAUUUUUCUUUUCUUUUUUUUUUUUAAAGGAAAUUCCGAUUAGCCGCAGAAUGCCUAAAACGACGGUGUAAUGCAGGUGUAGCGGCAAUCGCAGCCUUGAAUACUUCAUGUAAUUCAAAUUUUUAUAGUUGACAAAAAAAUCUUAGUAGCUAGUUCGAUUGUAAGAGUCUUAUAUAGUAUGUAAUAUGGAGAAGGCGUGGUGGGAUAAGACCACUUGGCGUACCGGUCAGUUCGUAUGGAAAAAUAAAACCAAUAAGUUAACACUUCAAUUUUUUUUCUUUUUUCUAACGAACGCUUUAUCAACGUCUAUGUGCAUCUACAAGUUCUCAACCGGGACUGCGGGACACCGAUAAUUUUUAAUAUUUUUGUUUCAAUAAGUCAAAGACUGUCAUUACAUAACGUUUUCAGUAAAGUAGAGCUCAAUGCGGUAUUAAGCUCCCAAGGUGUGUGAUUGAUACAGCGGAAAAAGAAAAUAAAUGAAAAAUUAUUUUAAUAUUAUUGCAAAAUUAAUAUUUCAAUUUACGAUAUACUUAAUGAAAGGCUUUAAAUUGUAAAUCAAACUUUGAGAAACCAAUAAAAAAGGUUUACAAUCUUUAUUUAAGAUUUAAAACAGCUAGUUGUUUGUUAAUGCUUAACAAGAGCAUCAUUACUAAUUAUCAGCUAGUUAUUUGUUAUUUACUUCUAGGAUCUAAGCAGGGGAAAAUGAAGCAAGUGACCAACCUCUCCAUGAACAGUGGAUUCGUUUUUUAAAGUCAUUAAUAUACCCCCGGAAAAAAUUAGGCAAUUACAAAAAAAAACACUCAUUCAUAUUUUUAUUCGGUUUAUAAUGUUUUUGUUAUAUUUUUUUUUAAUAGAAGUAAUUUUACUAUCGGGGUUUAUGUCAAAGUGCUUAAUACAUUUUAUAUUUUGGCAUUUUUUUAUGUUUAUAUUUAGUAUACAGAGUAUAUUAUAAUAUAUUGUUCACAUUCACAAUUUCAACAUACUAUUUAUAUGUUUUAUAUAAUGUGAAUUUAUAAUAUAUAUUUUUUUACAUUUUUUUGUAUUCCAUCAGGUGUGGCUGAUCCUAAGAAUCCUGUUGAUGGUAAUGUAAAAUCAUCGUAAAAUGAGUACAGCUAUUGAAAUUUCUUAUAUAAUCAUAAUUAUUAACAUUUUUUCUGCAAGAAUGACAAAAAGCGUAUUAAAAUUAAAAUAUGGAAAUGAUUAGAAUUGGGCAUAAGAUCUUUAAAUCCUUUUUUUAAUUUGAAAAAAUUUAUCUUUUGUUCGUCUGCUUACAUUUUCAAGUAAAAGACAAAUUAAAAACAGUUAAUGAAACGUGCGGGAAGCUCCCCAAAGUCUGUGAAUCUGACCAGGAAGCAUUAGUGUCGGACGGCCUUCAAGCAGAUAUAUGCCAGUGAGUGAGAACAGAUUGAUAAACUUUUAUUUAUUAAAUAUAUUUGAGUUGUUCUUUAUACGGUCAUUUUUUUCUUUAUAUCUUUUAAUUAUUUAGUUAUGUACUUUGCUUUUAUCUGUUUGCUAGUUUUGUUUGUUUUCUCUGUCAUUCAAAAUAUAAGAAUUAAGCGGUGCGAUUUAUUUUAAGCUAAACAGAUUAAAAGCAAAUAUUAAUUUACAUGGUCGUUUUCGUUGGAGGAUAUAUUUUGGGCUUAAAUACUAAAGAUAUAUAUCACUCAUGUGUAUGUGGAUUAAUAAAUGUAUAGCUAUUACCGCAUACACUAGUGUAAAAAUCGAUACAUUUUAAUCGUAAACUUCAUUUUAACCGCAGAGUUGACUUAUCCGCGGGUCAGCUCCAUUCUACAUAGAAUUUUGUUCAUUGAAUAAGGGUAAUGUCAAAUUACCGGUAGUGGUAGUCAAUGUUCCCUUUAAGGUUUGCUGGUUCAUGUGCAAAAUUUUACAGCCCACAAAUACACACUUACAUGGAAAUUUGCUGCGCGGAUACUCAAAACUGCUGCGUGGCGUCUGUAAGAUAGCUGCAUGGCCGCGCAGCCGCGCAGCUUAAAGUGAACAUUGGUGGUAGCAUACUAACAGUAGCUGUGCGUUGACCAAGGUACCGGGUACACACACACAGACGAAAACCAGCUCGUGAUGCUUGAAUAAAAUCUAAUAGCAAGCCAUUCGUGUCAACAAUGACUGUUUCGUCCGUCAACCUCUAUUCCCGGAACGAGAGAGGACAUUGAAGUACAUCGAGAGAAGGUCACUUGAUAUCACCUACUGCGAAAGAAUGUAGGUCUAAUGACAUCGGCCAUAGUUUAGUUUACUUAGUUUGCUGCUUUGGAAAAAAUUGUAGAAAAAAUUGUAAAAAAAAUUACAGACUUUCAUAGCCCCAAAUUUUACCCUAAACUUAUUCUUGACUCUUAGCAUAAUUUAUAAUUGUUGAUUUUAAAAAAUGCCAUCUACGAGUAAAUACGGUUGCUAUUGGUUUCCAAUAAGAAGAUGAUGUCAUUUCACUGAAGAUAUCUGAGUGACUUGUUUUGUUUGUUUGUUGUUUAUUUGUUUUUUUUUAAACCCAACAUCUUCUUCUUCUUCUUAUAUUUGAGGUGCCCACGAUCAAUUUGUUGAUCAUUCUGGCUCCUGGUUUUAAAUUCAGAGUUUGCCUUCUCAUAGACAGGUUGCCGUCCAAGGCUAACGAGUCCCAUCCACCCGGGUAGCUUGGGAUGGCUUUGGUGGGGAUUGAACUCCAGACCACCAGCUAUUUCGUUUGAGACAGUUUAGACCGCUCGGCCACCCACAUAAUUUGUUGCCCUUUAACACGUUGGCUGUAUGCUACACAUUACAUGUUUUAUAUUAACACACACACUCACACAGAUGCAUCGUAUAGAAACUUAUAGUAAUUCCGCUGGGACGUCAGCAAUAUUUUGUAUUGCUUUGAUUUGACUUAUCAUGGUGUUAUUUAUCAUUGUAUCUUCUUCUUAACAUAAAUCAUCAUAAAUUUCAGUGCAUUUGGAAAAUAUGUCAAUUGUGUUAAUAACACUUGCGACGACGAUGCUACACUGAAGUCUGAUUUUGACAGCGCUAAAACUAAAUGUGGUAAUUUAAACAUUUAAUGGUCUUUUUUUCCCUUACAAUACAAUUUAAACAUUUAAUGACCGUAUUUCCUCUACAAUACAAUUUAAACAUUUAAUGACCGUAUUUCCUCUACAAUACAAUUUAAACAUUUAAUGACCGUAUUUCCUCUACAAUACAAUUUAAACAUUUAAUGACCGUAUUUCCUCUACAAUACAAUUUAAACAUUUAAUGACCGUAUUUCCUCUACAAUACAAUUUAAACAUUUAAUGACCGUAUUUCCUCUACAAUACAAUUUAAACAUUUAAUGACCGUAUUUCCUCUACAAUACAAUUUAAACAUUUAAUGACCGUAUUUCCUCUACAAUACAAUUUAAACAUUUAAUGACCGUAUUUCCUCUACAAUACAAUUUAAACAUUUAAUGACCGUAUUUCCUCUACAAUACAAUUUAAACAUUUAAUGACCGUAUUUCCUCUACAAUACAAUUUAAACAUUUAAUGACCGUAUUUCCUCUACAAUACAAUUUAAACAUUUAAUGACCGUAUUUCCUCUACAAUAGAAGUUUCCUUUGUGUGUGUAAAAGCGGGUGGGGAUGUCGCAACAAAUAUCCUCAAAGACUCUAACCUAUUCUUGCCUCAAAAAUGAAUUAUUUUCUCUAAGUAAGCGUCUCUUCAGCUCAAAGUAAUAAUUUUUCGUAUUUAAUAUUCGUAAUCCACCAUUUCUUCUUUGUAUAUCUAACAAUCUAUCUUUCUCUUUCUCUCUCUCCCUUAUUCAUCUACGCUCAGUCUCUGUCAUGUUUUCUCACAAUAAAACACUUUUCCGUGAAAUCAAAUAAAAACUGAAAUAAAAAAACAUAUGAAUUUAAAAGACGUCAUUUUUUUAACUUUAUAAUAGUACUAGCUUAAACAUUUAACUACCAAAAUGUGUUUAUUCCUAGUUCUGACUACAACAGGUGAAACACCAACUACAACCAAUGGUAAGACAAUUACAACAACUGAACAAUGACUUUUUAAAAAUAUUAAAUUCAAAUGGAAAGGUUCUAUUUCUAAAAAUUCAUGUCCCUAGUUUCAAUGUAAAUUCAUUUGUAUUCAUUGAAACAGUAUAAUUCUUCAUCUCAGAUAUAAAAUACAUGAGGCUUUUUAUUAAUAAAAUAUAAACAAAAUAUUUUUAAAGCGUUGCGCAAUCAAUUUGUAUUGCAUUAAUUUACUAUAUCAACUUUUUUUUUUUUUUUUUUUUUUUUUUUUUUUUUUUUUUUUUUUUUUUUUUUUUUUUUUUUUUUGUUUUAUUAGGAUUGGAAAAAAGUAUUUUUUUUUUUUUUUUUUUUUUUUUUUUUUUUUUUUUUUUUUUUUUUUUUUUUUUUUUUUUUUUUUUUUUUUUUUUUUUUUUGUUACUUCUAUUGGUUAAUGCUUUGGGAUACAUGAAGAUAGGAAAAGUAGACUUACUGUUUUAAAAAAUACUCAAACAACUUUUGGUUUCUUGUUACAGGUUGUACCAAAAACCUUCUCCUAACUUCAGGACUGCUUCAAGUAUUAACCUUUUUGGUAAAAUGGUUACUUUAAAAAGAGAAUCCUGUAUCUUGGUCGUAAUAGUAUGUAAACGAAACAAAACUUCUCCUUUAUCUUAAAUGCCAACAAUUUGAAUAAAUUCUCUCGAUAAAAAUAACCUUAUUUUAUAAAUGCUGCCUUAAAUACUGUUCAAAUAGAUAUUUUGACAAUUGUUGAUUAUUUUUAAUAUAUUUAUCAGUCUUAUCAACAGAUUUUAGUUUCAUAAAUCUUUUCACAGUAAAAAAAUCAUUAUAUUUGUGUAUUUCAACAUAACGAUAGUGUAUUUUCCAAACAUUUUAUCUUUGGUCUUAUUUAAAAAAUAAGAAUUUAAAUAAUUGUUAACAAUGACGGCAACAAUGUAUUAUUUAUUUUAAUUAGUUUUACGUCUAUUAAAGCUGUUUAAAUGAUGAUUAUGGCGUGACCAAUGUCAGUCAGGGUGUUUUAUUUAUUAACCAUAAAUUUUAUAUCUAAUAAGUUUUAAAAAAAUACUAAUUCAGUUUAUAUUUCCAGCUAUGACGUAUUUUAUACUGAAAAACACUGGCAAUAUGAUCGUGUAUGAUCGUGUAAUCCCUAUUUAUCCUACCAAUUUAAUUUUUAUUUUUUACAAUAAAUUAAUUUUAAAAUUUCUAUGUACAACAAAUAUUAAGUUUAUUAAUAUUAAAAUUGUGAGAAAAACAUUUUAGCUUUCAAUUUUAUUUAUUUUUAAGUCAACAUUGUCAAAAAUAAAAUGGAAAAAUUUGGUUUCAAUUUAAUAAAUCAAUUUAGACUACAAAAAAUAUGAUGAUCAAAAACAUUAUUUUUAAAAAAACUUGGCGAAACUUUACACAUCAAUUUAAGUUUCAUUCUGCAUUUAGUGAAACACAAUUGCUUAUGAUUUUGAAAAUAAACUUAAUUUACAAAUUGAAAUGAUUGCUUUUUUGUACAAUAAUAAAUUGAAUGAUUUCAAGCAAA